GUCAAGAGUCCAGCCUUGCAGUACUUGACUGUGCAUAUGCUCUGAUACACAGCUGAUAAAUUUUAAAGCACUUACAUUCAAUACAUUGUAUGAAUUUUGCAUGGAAAAUGUCUUUCUGUGGAAUAUUACCAUAUCAGCCUGUAACAUGUCACAAGACUUCGUGACAUUCAGGCACACACCUUUGCGAAAUUAAUCAGUUGUUUUUGUCAUAAUCUGUAGGUGUAUACAUGUGUGACUGGACAUGAUAAUAUCAAUAGUGAGACAAAUAUAAGCACAGACAUUAAAUGCAAAAUAUUCUGAAGAUGUGUAUCAGCUUGUGAUACAGUAACGAUAUUUUUGGUUACAUAACAUUUCUUUCCCAGACCCUGUACCCUAAUGUCUGCUGUUAUUGCUGGUGGCUGAAAGUCCUUCCAUCUCCAUUCUUCCUCCGUGUGCUUCCGACAGACAGUGCCACUACCUGCCUAGUAGCAGGAGACAUUUAUUCAGGUAUACCAACAUUUUAUUUAUGUGUGCCUUUGUAAUUUCUGCAGUUGUGAGGCCUGAACUUAUUUUAUGCUUAUUUGCAGAAUAUGGAUUUAUCCUUAUAAAAUAUGUCAAUGUAAACAGUGCAUUAUUUUGUAGUGAAACCACUCCUGCUUUGUAUCCAUGUCAUGGAUUCAGAACUUGGUGUUUAUGUAAGUUGUCAGUAAGGUUUCCUGUGGACGGAUCCUAACGUACAGCCAGUGCAUCUCACCCUUUUAAUAGGUCAGAAUGCCAUAUUUGUUUUGUAACUUAUGCAGCCCCACCCCACCCUUCUCCCUUAAGGAACUGUUGCUGGAUUGUACCUAAUAUUGAAUCUUAUGUUUCCUUUAUUACAUGCUGUAAUUUUAUUAUUCAGUAUAAUAUCCCCACUGUCAACAGCUUAAAUAUGUUGAUAUACCAUCCGUAUGUUGUGUUAAUUUUGAGAAUAAUAACAUAAGAGAUUGCAGAUUCAGUAGGCACACUGCUUUGCAUAUUACAACUCCAAUUCAACCUGAUAGAAGUCUUGACAGCUUGAAUGAUUUUGUGAAGUAAAUAGUAUGGAACAUGAAGACAGGAGAUUUGUCCAAAAUGUUAGCCACAUAUAAGACGACAAGCUAUCCCAACCCGGAAGGCCACAGCCUAAAUUCAACCUGCCUUGAAAUUUCUUUGAUACUCAAAAACAAAUUCAGUUUAAGUGCGAUCACUGGUUUCAUAGAUGCACCUCAUAGGUUUUAUGAAGGGUGAAGGACCUGUUUGUGAACAUUUAUACACCCUGCAUAACUUUUCUAAUAUUUUAUACAGUGCAGUCCCCUUUUGUUCUUGUAUUGGUAUUUAUAAUUUAAGACUGUCGAUAUUCAGGUAUGCAUUUUAAUAAAAUCAAAUCCUUUAUUACAUUAUUGUAACAAAUGUAAAUAUAACACAUCAUGGGUUGGCAGGAAAAUUAAACUACGCUCUUUGUAGUCACUGGUGAUGACAUGAACGUUUUUGAAUGGUACUCACCCCAUUACUAGUUCAACUUCUGUGCCAGGCGCACGUAUUUCAGAAGACUGUACGUAAUGAAGUAAGAUACAUAAUGCAACUGUGUCUAAUAUGACGUGCCCACGUUUGUAGUCAUCUACGUCUAACAACAUAACCUCAAAUAUGUGACCAAUGACUGCAUUCUUAACGUAGAUACGUCGUCAUGUUCCAGUAUACUUCGAUAAAAAAGACGUUCCUGUGUAAUAGAAGUGGUUUCAUAAUAUUAUGGCUAAGGAAGGAAGAAAACCAGACUAGAGAUUUUUAUGUUUAAAAAUUUCACUCGAACGUAAUAACUGAGCAAGGGACUCUAAAUAUCACACUUUUAAUUGUAUCACUUCGAUUUCAAUAUAACAUGCCGUAGAAGUGAAACGUCAGUUUAUAUUUUGUAUUCUGUGAUUUUACACGAUGUGGUGAUGGACGGCAAACGACGUCAAUUAUCACUUCUGAAGAAAUUAUGGAUCGUCAUACUCUAAAAGUGGAGGAAAGGCCAGUGAUAAGAAAAUUUCCUUCUUACAAUAAGCCUCUUGUAAUUGGCUGUUUUAGCCUUGAUUCAGAACGUAAUUACUGCGGAGACUUACGACAGUUAAAGUACAUUCAGUUUCCAGCGAGUUCUGAUGUUAAGUUUGAUUUGGAUCUUGGAAGAAAACAUGUGCUAAAAAAAGACACCAGUCGUGAUGAAAAACUAGAUGAACUUUUAAGAUGGAUGCUUCAAAAUCCCAACGAUGGAAAUCGGGUGCCAGCCGACUUUGUGUGCUACCGAGGUCUGCUGACAAUGUUGAUGUGUACCCCAUAUGAGAAAGAUGAAGAUUGGAUUAUCUGUGCAACCAAGUGGAAGGGAACUAUAUUUUUGUGUGCUAGUGAGACUCGGAGGAAGCGUCUUAAAAGGGAACAGAUGACAGACAAGCAGAAGCAGUUCAUGUCGUGGGGUUUCAAGUUCGAGCAGUACAUGAGCUCAGACAAACCUGGGAGAAAACCUGACGUGAGUAAACCUGUGAAUGAACGAGAAGAAUUCUGUGUGGUGUUCAGGACAAAGCUGAAUAACCAUUAUCUGCUGUUUGGAGCAGAGGUGGAUGGAGUGAAGAGCAAAACUCAGAUUAACAACUGUUCUGAGCUGGCUGGUGCCGAAUUUGUAGAGCUGAAAACAAGUCGACACAUUGAAACGGUCAGGCAGCAUCAUAACUUUAAGAGAUUCAAGCUCAUCAAGUGGUGGGGGCAAAGCUUCCUAGUGGGCAUCAGGCAAAUCGUCUGUGGGUUCCGAGACGACAGGGGAACAGUGCACAUGUUGGAUACCUUAGAAGUGUCACGACUUCCCAAGAUGGUCGAGAAUACUUGGGAUCCAAGCAUCUGCAUGAACUUUUGUGACGAAGUUCUGAGCUUUGUGAGGCAUCUGGUAGUGGAGGAGGAGGGCCCGGACACAGUCUGGAAGUUCGAGUGGAGACCGCACGAGGAUGUGACAGCAGUCAAGAUACCGGGGCCAUCAGAGUUCAGCUUCCUUCCAGCCUGGUUUACUGCACCAUAAUUUUAUUUGGAUAGGGCUCAUCCUUUCCAAUUUCUCAUAUAGUGUCACACAAUAUCUGGAGGAAAUGCGAUAAUUUUCCUUCACUUCUUUUGUGGUUGAAACACACAUAAGAGGAUAUUGUUAGUAUGUGAGAUAAUGUUAACAGGACAGAAGAAACAUGCUCUGUACAGAAACAAUUUAUUUUAAUUAUGGAAAUCAAAAAAGUGCAUUACAUGUAUCAGGAUGUAUGAAGGAUAUGAAAUAUCCAUAAGCCAAGUGAACAAAAUAGUUUCCAAAGAUGGAAAUUAAAAAAAUGCCAGGA